AUGAAUAUAGUCAGUCAUACGUUCGGUUGUCGAGAUCCGUUGGAUUUUGUUAGUAAGCAGUACAAGAUAAUGAUGGCGAUGCUUCUUCCUUGGUGUUUAAAAUUACCCAAAUGCGAGAAUCUAUUACGCGAAAUAUCCGUCAUUGUUCGUAAAGAUUUGGUGGCAAUGUUAUCAGCUUCGUUUCUAACUAUUUACACGUACCUAUUCAUCAGCGAAACCGUUGACAUUACCAAUCAGUGCAUUGAAUACAUAAUGAAGCUUACUGGCAAUAGUUUUUUUCAUUUGCUCCACUCUGAUAUUAAGCGAACCGUAUCAGAAGUUCUGGUUUUUUAUCACAUCAACCCGGAAUGUGUUAUGAAUGUGAUUCGAAGUUUGUUAUCCAAAAAUAACGAUGAUGUAUCUACAGUGCUUGUUGCUGAAUACAUUGCUGAACGAUUCCUUGGCGUUCUUGCAAACUUUGAAGCAACGCUAGUCAACUUCGACGAAGAAAAAUAUCUUAAGCGUCAGAUUUUAUUAAGCCUAGGUGAUAUCAUCCGUUUACUUGGCGGCGAACUUAUAACGCCUUUCCGAUUCAAAAUCAUUGCUUUACUGCGAACGGCACUGACAUUAUCGACAGAAGAUACAACAUUGGUAAAGCACUGUGUGAAAGUUUGGCGAAUUUUUGUAUGUACUGUGGAUGUACGUCAACUUGGUUCUCUUCUAAGCACAAUAUUUGUUACAUUAGAACCGUUACUCAUUUCCCAUGCAGAAGACAUACGCUAUAUUUUCCGUUAUUUAGUGAUAGAGAAUAAUAACCUCUUAGGAAACUACAUCGGUGAUUUAUUCUUCAUCGAGGAUAUGGAUGUCCCCAAGGAAGUCAAGAAGAUAGUAUCAUCGCGCAUAGCAAUACAAGAAAACGUAGACGCAAAUAAUCGCUUUGCAUUGCGUUUGGAAGAGUUAAUUCGGCACUGCAAUCAUGAGAAUUUAAAAAUUCGAAUUUUCGCUCUUUCUCACCUGUGUCGGAUUUGUGAAAAUAACCGAAUAGAGCUAAAUGAAGCUGUCCUUGGACAACAUCAGCGAAUCAGUCUUGGUACUAUAGCUUCACUAGUGGAAACGUUGAUCCGCGGACUAAGCGAGCAAGAGACACAUCUGCAACAGCGGGCAGCUGAAUGUCUUGGCGAACUUGGGGCUCUAGCCCCCAGCCAUCUACCACCAAACUAUGCACCGAACGGAUUGGGUUUCGCUACAAGCAUUCAUUCGGACGCGUUUGCUGUGAUUGCUUUACGCGAACUUUGCAGAGCGUAUCAAAGACAGAAGGAUUCCAAAUUUGUGGAUAGUUUUUCGCUCGCAAUACAGGAAGUAUUGAACGAACGUGGUGUAUCUCCCACAGCAAACAAAAAACGUGAUGUAUGGGAGACUAUUCCCGAGCGUUUACGUCCGAUCAUGGAACCGCUACUCUCGUCUUGCUAUACCACGGUAUCAAAAACGACAUCGCCAGUACUUCAUUCUGUGUUUAAUAAUGUGCGUUCGAGUCAUGAAUGGUCUUACCAAUGGGCUUCCCAGUUGAUCGAAAACAUAAUGCAAGAUUCAACGCGCAAUCUGUUGCGAGCUUUUAAACCAAGUCUUCGCUGUGAUAGAGGUACAUUAAUGAUAAUGCUGCCCUACAUACUUCUUCAUUCUCUGCAAUUAUGCGAAGGUGUCGAACAAAGAAACCGUAUUGCCGGAGAACUCCAAACGGUGUUUAAUGCCGCAAUUAUGUCAUCUAAUAGUCCGUCUACGCUUUCUAUGGUGGUGAAUUCGAACGAAAAAAUACAACAAGACGCGACGUUCGGUACAGCAGAAAUGAUAUGCAUGACUCAAGAGCAGCCGGAUACAUCCGGCAAAGAAUUAUCAUUGCAUUGUGCAAAAUAUGCAUUUGGAUUGUUUGAUUUUCUUGAACGGUGGCGAAGGCAACGUCACAAAGAAGACACGAUUCAGAACAAGGAACACACAAACAACCGGCACGAUUUUGAUGUUGUGGAUGACUUCUUAAAUAAAUUUGACUGUAUGUUAUUAGCUAAAGUGAAUUUUAAGUGUCACGAAUAUGCAAGAGCUUUGCAGUACGUGGAACAAUCCUCUUACGGUAAAGCCAGAAACGAAGGGCUGCAAGAGAAAUUGCCAUUUUUAGCUGAAAUUUACUCACGGCUUGGUGAUACAGAUUCUGUAGAGGGUGUGAUGGCUCUUAAGACGACGGAACCCACACUGCAGGAGCAAAUUCUUUACCACAACGCGACAGGUCGGUUACACGAGGCGGUUGCAUGUUACGAGCGAUUACUCCAGUUAAAUAGUGCUGAGAAACAACCACCCAAGCUAGAUGAUUUGAAUAGUAUGAUUGAGUGCUAUUUACGGCUAGAUCAACCAGAAACAGCAUUAUUACUGGCUGAGAGUUUACUAACAAGAUUUCAUGACACAACGCUGUAUGGUCCUUUACUCGACAUUCAAGCCGAGCCACUUUAUCGAUUGGGAAGAUUCGAAGAACUAGAGGAACUACUUCUUCAACGACAGUCGGAUGUUUCGGAAGGGGUUAUUGACUCUGAAGACCGCCAUUGGGGUGUUAUUUGUGGAUCUCUGAUGGUUGAAUACCGUCAACCUAAUUAUGAAAGAUUUCGCUCAGAAAUACAGCGUGCUCGGUUGCAAGUGAUUCGAGGUGGUUGUAACGAACGUGUCAGUUCUCGACUUUCAGAUGAGCAGUUAGGCUCGUAUGAAAAGCGUUAUGAGCAGACUCUAAAAUUGCACAUCAUUAGUGAGUUUGAGAAAUGCGGUCACAUUAUGAGAAGUUUACGUUCCAUAGAGCACAAGGGAAAUUCGGCGAACAGUGCUACAGCAAGCAUGAUAGAUGACAUUCGACGCGUUAUGAACAAUCUGAACCUAAAGCUAGAGAUAUUGCAACCAAAUGCAACCACAUUAGAACCUAUCAUCAGUUUACGGCGCAUAUUGCUUAAAGAAAUUCGAACAACAGUAGAUGAAACUCAAUGGGGAGAAGGCAGUGAUAAAAGUAACGCUAUACGGCUGCGUGAAGUGAUUGAUAAAAUGAUUGGAGAACUAUGGAUGAAGAGUACGGAGCUGGCGUCCCGAGCCAAUAUGUACCAGCAAGCGCUAUUGUAUAUUCUCCAUGCUGAAAGCUAUCGACCACGUGAUUUGUUUAUAAAAAAUGCUAAGCUAUUGUGGGAUCGCCGAGAUAUGACUGGAGCACUAAAGGUUCUUGAACGAGGAGUUAAUGAAAUCGUCAGUGAAGCUGCUGUAGUUGACCCCAAGAUGCUUCCAAAAGAGCAUCGUUUAAUAUACGCCGAAGGAAAGCGGCUCAUUGCGGUGUAUAAUGCCGAAGCCUCCAAUAUUUCAGCAAACGUUAAUAGACGCUUUUUUGCAGAAGCAGUAAGACUGGAUCCAGAGAGUGAAGUUGGGCUUGUUCAGUUGGCGCAAUAUAUUGACAAAUUGUACAAUGCAUGUCCUGUUAGCGAACAAGAUACGCCUUAUUACUGGGAAAUGAUUUUGGAGGUUAUGAAAUCGUACGGUAAAUCGAUGAUGUACGGAUCGAGCUACAUCUACCAAUCAAUGCCUAGAGUUUUGAGCAUAUGGCUAGAUUCAACUGCCAAGACUUUACCGAAAUCAGUGGAACUGUCGAAUACUUCAGCAACUUCUAAACAAAACAUCGCAAACUCUAUGAACAAGCUUGCGAAUAAAUUCAAAGAAAUUUUAUCGCCAUAUUUUUUUUUCACUGCUUUUUCACAGUUAAUCAGUCGAGUAGCACAUCCUUCAUUGGACACUUUUCAUGUACUUAAAGGCAUUAUUGCUAAACUGCUUAUGAACUAUCCACAACAAACGCUCUGGAUGAUGCUGAGUGUGUACAAGUCAUCGUACACAAAUCGCGUGCGUCGAUGUGUCGAGAUUUUUAGUGACAAUCAACUGAUGCAGACUGCUGAAAUGCAAAAACUGAUCAAAGAUUUCAACGCAUUAGCGGAACGUCUCAUUGAGCUUACUAACAAAGAAAUUGCUGGAACUGGAGUUGGCUCCACGGUAAAAGUAACAGUAUCGUCCUUAGUGAACGCACUUCCCAAGCUGCUAGCAGACAAACACUUCUCCAACGUACUUAUUCCAAUCGAGCAAUGUAUGCAUCUCGUGUUAAAUAAGAACACUGGUGUCAAGUUUCAACCAUACCCAACUAAUGCAAUAUACUUAGUGGGUAUAGAGGAAGAAGUGACUGUGUUACAUUCGUUACAAAAACCUCGCAAGAUUACACUACGCGGACAUAAUGGAAAGCGUUAUACUAUGAUGUUGAAACCAAAGGAUGAUCUGCGGAAAGACUUUCGUUUAAUGGAAUUUAAUGCAGUAGUGAAGCAAUACUUGGCUCAAAACCCGGACGCUAAAUUUCGAAGACUGUACAUCCGUACCUACGCUGUAAUGCCUUUGAAUGAGGAGUGUGGUAUUAUUGAAUGGAUUCCCAACCUGAACACAUUUCGUGGUAUUGUUUACACCUAUUACAAACAGCGUGGCUUAGGAAUGGCUGCUAAAGAAGUACGAAAUUAUAAUUAUGGGCGUACGGAGUCUCUAACGAAAAAACGAGAUGUAUUUGAAUCUAUUCUCCUACCACGACACCCGCCAGUGUUUCGUGAGUGGUUUCGAGAUUGUUUUCCGAAUCCACAUAACUGGUUUCAAGCUCGCACUACUUACAUCAAAACUACUGCCGUCAUUUCAAUGGUGGGAUACAUUUUGGGUCUUGGUGAUCGACAUGGUGAAAACAUACUAUUCGAUUCAACAAAUGGAGACACAGUGCACGUAGAUUUCAAUUGUCUCUUCAAUCGAGGCGAAACACUUCAAAUUCCGGAAUUAGUUCCAUUUCGAUUAACGCAUAAUAUGGUGGAUGCGAUGGGACCACUCGGAGUGGAAGGGCUAUACCGACGCUGUUGUGAAAUAGUUCUUCGACUAUUACAAUCCCAUGCUCCUACUUUUAUGUCAGUUUUAAAACCAUUUGUGUAUGAUCCAAUGGUCGGGCAGAACAAUCGAGAUACCACCAAUACCGAGCGCACUGAUCCUCAAGCAAUGCACAACGUAAUGAACAUAGAGCAAAGGCUUAAAGGAUACGUUAAAGUGAACAGCAAAUUGUCUCACAUACCGUUGUCAAUAGAAGGGCAAGUAAAUCAUCUUAUUAAGGAAGCAACGGAUAUAGAUAAUCUUGCUCAAAUGUACAUCGGAUGGUCGAGUUACACAUAAAGUUACUACUAAGUUUCUACU